UUUCAAUAACUCACACACUUUAUACUAUUAGCCAUGGACUCAAAAUCCUCCCACCUUCUACUAAUCCUUCUCUUCAUUUUUUCAUUCAUCAAUCCCUCCCUCCAAGGUUACUACACUCCCGACAAGAAAAACAUGAACGUAAUCGACUCAUGCUGGCGUCAAACCUCCAAUUGGGCCAAAAACCGAAAAGCCUUAGCAGACUGUGCAGUUGGCUACGGCAAGGACGCAAUCGGAGGCAAAUUUGGCACCAUUUACACUGUCACCGACCCAUCCGACAACCCUUCAAACCCUAAAUAUGGAACGCUACGUUACGGUGUGAUCCAAGACAAGCCAUUAUGGAUUGUAUUUGGGAAGGACAUGGUGAUUGUGUUGAAGAAUGAGCUGAUGGUAAAUAGUUUCAAGACCAUCGAUGGACGUGGGGCUAAAGUGGAAAUUGCUUAUGGGCCUUGUAUUACGGUGCAAGGGGUUAGCCAUGUUAUUAUACAUGGAAUUAGUAUUCAUGAUUGUAAGCCUGGGAAAUCUGGGCUUGUUAGAGACACUGUGUCGCAUGUUGGGAAACGGAAAGGGUCUGAUGGUGAUGCUAUUGCUGUGUUUGGUUCUUCACAUGUUUGGAUUGAUCAUUGUUAUUUAGCACGAUGUACUGAUGGUCUUAUUGAUGUUAUUCAUGCUUCCACUUCUGUCACUAUCUCAAAUAACUACUUCUCUCAACAUGAUAAGGUGAUGCUGCUUGGACAUAAUGAUGGGUUCACCGAUGAUAAAAUUAUGAGGGUCACCAUUGUUUUCAACCGCUUUGGCGCUGGUCUCAUUGAGAGGAUGCCCAGGGUUAGGUUUGGUUAUGCCCAUGUAGCCAACAAUAGAUACGACGAGUGGAAAAUGUAUGCCAUUGGUGGAAGUGCAAACCCCACAAUCUUCAGUGAAGGAAACUACUUUGUAGCUUCCCAAAAUUCUUAUGCCAAACAGGUUACAAAGAGGGAGGUUAAUAAUGGGUGGAAGAACUGGAAAUGGAGAUCCUCCAGAGAUGUGUUCUUAAAUGGUGCUUAUUUUGUGCCAUCAGGAUGGGGAAGCUGCAGCCCAAUUUAUACAAAAGCUCAGUCUUUUCCAGUGGCUCCUGGCUCUAUGGUUCCUGCUUUGACUGCAAAUGCCGGCCCACUUCGCUGUUUCAUCGGCAAACCUUGCUAACUGAGAACUUGCUUUGAUUGACUUUUUAAGUGCGUAAAA